AUGGAUAUUACUAAAGAAUUCCACAAAGUGGCAUUUGAUUGUUUUAAAGAAGGACAUAAAGAAUGUAAUGAAAAUGAAUUAAAAGUUAUGUUUGAAAACGAGUGUAUUUACAAACAAGAAACAAAGGAUAGUUUCAAUGAAAUUAUCAAAAAUAUUGAAAUGGAAAUUGACAAGAAAAUAGAAAUGGAAAAUCAAAUAAUUCUUGACAUGGUAACAGGGUUGGUUGAUAUCAACACAUUCUCAGAACAACAAUCACUCGGAGAACAACUAACACAAUGGUCUAAGCAAAUGAAUGAAAAAAUUAUUUCUUCUUUUGAAACUUACAGUUUGUUUACGACACAAACAACAUCUCAUUAA